UGCGUAAAGGGCAGUGGGGGCGCGUGUUCCGGACGGACAGAGGGGGCGUCAGAACCGCCGCGGCGUCCUGUGGUUCCGUCCCGCGCGCCGGUUCUGGAGCAGUUCGUAGCUGGUGUGCGAUCGGUCGCGGAGGGCGUGUCCGCCUCUGGCACAACGCGCCACCGGAAGGGAGCCGCGGCGCGGCUGCCGUAUGCGUCUGACGGCGCCUGGCCCGCUGCCGCCUGACAGACGGAGUUUGCGAUGGGAGCUAAGUAGGAAGGGCGGCUCUAGCGUGAAGCGGACGAAAACGAAAGAGGAGGCACUCGGCGGCGUCGCUGGCUCGGCUCAGAUACUUCACCGGGCUCCGAGAAACCGUCGACAUGGCUUUUCUAAAACUCCUGCUCGCCUUUUGCUUGCUUCGGGAGAUUACAGGCAGUUUAACCUACGGAUGAAGAGGGAUACUGAUAUAUUUUCCCCUGAUCUCAUAAUUGAGGUAUCGGGAGCCGAGGAACCUGGUGAUACGUCACACAUUUACAGUGGAGAAAUAUUUGGUGAAAAGGGCACAUUAGCUCAUGGCUCUGUGGUGGAUGGACGAUUUGAGGGCUUCAUUAAAACCCACCAAGGAACAUACUAUGUUGAACCCUCAGAGAGGUACCUAGAGCAAAAGAGCGUGCCCUUCCACUCUGUCAUCUAUCAUGAGGAUGACAUUGAUUACCCUCACAAAUAUGGGUCAGAGGGUGGCUGCGCUGACAUCUCGACGUUUGAGAGAAUGAAGAAGUACCAGGCAUCUGCAGUGGAGGAGCCGGUCAAAGGACAGAAGGUGCACAAGGCUCAGGAAGAGGAGAACUCCGAUGUUCCUGUCAUUCUGAGAAGCAAAAGGGCAGCGGGGAAGGAGAAGAACACCUGCCAGCUCUUCAUCCAGACCGACCACUUCUUCUUCAAAUACUACGGCAGCAGAGAGACCGUCAUUGCUCAGAUAUCCAGCCAUGUGAAGGCUAUCGACUCUAUUUACCAGGCCACUGACUUCAUGGGCAUCCGUAACAUUGGCUUCAUGGUUAAAAGAAUCAAGAUAAAUACCACUGAAGAUGAGAAGGACAAAACAAAUCCUUUCCGCUUUGCCAAUAUUGGAGUUGAGAAGUUCUUGGAGCUGAACUCUGAACAGGACCACAAUGACUACUGCCUGGCAUACGUCUUCACUGACAGGGACUUUGAUGAUGGUGUGCUUGGCUUGGCCUGGGUUGGGGCUCCCUCAGGAAGCUCUGGGGGCAUCUGUGAAAGGAGCAAGGUGUACUCGGACGGGAAAAGGAAGUCUCUGAACACUGGCAUUAUUACUGUACAGAACUACGCUUCACACGUCCCUCCCAAAGUCUCACACAUCACCUUUGCUCACGAGGUUGGGCACAACUUUGGCUCUCCUCAUGACUCUGGCAUCGAAUGCACCCCUGGAGAGUCUAAGCUGCAGGACAAAAAAGCACAGGGAAACUACAUCAUGUACGCCAGAGCGACAUCAGGGGAUAAAUUCAACAAUAACAAGUUCUCAAUCUGUAGCAUCCGCAAUAUAAGCGCUGUUCUAAAAAGCAAGAGAGACUGUUUUGUUGAGUCUGGCCAGCCCAUCUGUGGUAAUGGACUGGUGGAAAUUGGAGAAGAGUGCGACUGCGGCUACAGUGAUCAGUGUAAAGAUUCCUGCUGCUACAGCGCCAACGAAGAGGAGGGUAAAAAGUGCAGACUCAAACCCGACAAAGUCUGCAGUCCCAGCCAAGGCCCGUGCUGCACAGCAGACUGCACAUUCGUGGCUCAAAACGAGAAGUGCAGGAAGGAGUCGGAGUGUGCCAAUCAGGGCGUAUGCAAUGGAGCCACGGCCCUGUGCCCGGCUUCACAACCAAAGGAGAACUUCACUUCCUGCAAUGCAGCCACACAAGUCUGCCUCAAUGGGGUUUGCUCCGGUUCCAUCUGUGAGAAGUACGGCCUUGUUGUUUGUACCUGCGCCAGCCAAGAUGGCAAAGACGAGGCUGCUGAACUGUGCCACAUGUGCUGCAUGGACAAAAACGACCCAGCCACCUGCAGCAGCACCAGUUCAGAUCGGUGGUCCAAACACUUCAACAGGACGGUCAUAACGCUGCAGCCUGGCUCCCCCUGCAACGACUUCAAGGGCUACUGCGAUGUGUUCAUGAGGUGCCGCCUGGUGGAUGCCGACGGGCCACUGGCAAGGCUAAAGAAGGCCAUUUUCAAUCCAAUCCUCUAUGAGAACAUUGCGGACUGGAUCGUGAAAAAUUGGUGGGCCGUGCUGCUGAUGGGCAUCGCUCUUAUUAUGCUGAUGGCUGGCUUCAUCAAGAUUUGCAGUGUCCACACCCCCAGCAACAAUCCCAAACUCCCACCUCCAAAGAAGCUGACAGAUACUCUGAGGAGGAGGCGGCCGCAGCAAGCCAGCGCUCCGCCACAGGCCCGUGGCAAUCGCAGCAGAGAGUAUCAGAUGGCACAGUUGAGACCCUGAGAGAGUGUUCUGCUCUUUGCCCUGGUUCUUCCUAGUGCCUGCCGUGGGAGCAAUCCACUCCAAGGAGAUGCAUCUACCACAUCGUGCAAAAUUCUACAAACAUGCAACUAAAACAAUUCCACUGGACCGAGGGUCUUAUAGGCCUGACAAACUCACCGAGCACCUCUGCUGAGAGAGCCAGAUUAGGUUCACUCAGCUUUUAUAUCUCAACCUCUUCCACUAAAGAACAGAGGGAGAAAUUCACAGAUGUGCUGUUAGUCUUCUGUUUUUUAUUUGAAUGCUUCUUUACCAGAUUAGAGGAGAGCGAGAGAGACGCAGCUUUGCCUUCUGAUGUUUCAUUUGUGCAACCUUUUUUUAUGCUCUUCUCCUAAGUGCUGCCAUCAUCAGCGCAAUAACAAGGCUGCAGGUUUUUUUUCUACCCUUCAUAAAAAACAUGGAGUUCUGUUGCUGUUGCUGUUGAUCUCAAACUGAAGCUUUUCUUCUGUGUCUUCUCAAUGGUGAUGAUUUACUGUUUUAAUUCACUUUCUCAGGAUUAAUAAAAUGAUGGCAAAGGAGUGUAGAGUGUGGAACCGGCGGCUGCAUCCAUACUUCAGGGUGAAGUCCCUCCUGGCGCAUGCUUGUACAGAAGGGUUCACUUUAGCUGCCAUGGGAAGUAGGUGACAGGUUGUAAGACAAGAAUGUAGAUAAAUGAACCUUAGAGUUUAGCGUCAUUUGUGACUUGAUGCAGGCUGAGGAGCAGAAACCACCUUGUUAUGCCUUGUUUAGGAGGAGACGCUUGGCCUGGGCUGGGAGAAUAGCUUUUUAUCAACCUGAUUGUAUCCCACUUUGACUCUCUGCCUGUUCUUCCCUCACCUGUCGCUGUGGCACUGAUUAGCCACACAUCCAUCCACCUUGUGCUGCGUGCUGUGUCUGUGUAUCCUCACAGUCAAAGUAGAAAAAGCAAAAAGGACAAUGUGCUCAAAUCUAUGGUUUCUCCAGGGAGAAGGAAGCCUGUGUAUAUACAAUGUUAUGGGCCUGUAGCCUUAUCGUGUGGGUAAACUGUGCAUUUGGCUUUUAUGGGUUUUACUUGCAGCUCGUUCUGCUCAGAUAUUUCUAACACCUAGACAAAGUGUGGAACUAGUUUUGCUGCUGUUAACAGACACGUGGCAGAGUGAACAGUCGCUAUGUGUGGGCCACCCGUCGCUGUUCUUCUUUCCUUUCUCAAAGAACUGCGUUGCCCUGUUUAAACCUUUGUGCAAAAGCAUUUCUAAUGUGCCUCUUCAGAAGUGUGACUGAACUUAGUGCGCCGGUGUCAGUGAUCUUUACCAACCAGGAAGAUGUGUUAGGAAAACAGUUUGGCCUUGUGUGAUAAUUAUAGGAAACAUGCAAAUACAGUCUGAUAUUACGAAAGCAUAAUUUCAUAUUAUAUUUCACAGUUGGUCUCUUCUUUCAGAGAUUGUACUUAGCUCUCGCCUUUUUUAUUAUGAAUUGCCAUCUAGUCUCAGAUUGGCUUGUGUUGAGUUCCAGCCAAAUAUGUGUUUCAGCUUUACAGACAAAAUAUAGUAAUGCAUAUUUAUAGUUUAUUAAUAUAAUUUAAGAUGUGCACAGCUUGGUGAAGCCAAGAGACUGAGUAUGUUUUGUUAUCCUUGCAAACGCGCUAUUGUGCACAGUUGUCUUCUGUGCAGGGUGUCAGAAUGUGGAUCACAUCGAUUCUUUUCAGUGUCUCAGAGUUCAGCAGUGAUACUGUUGGCUCCUUUACAGUGAAAUGCCUUCAUCGUUUCCUCCUAGUCUCUAAGUUCUUUUUAUUUGGUGUCUUCGUUGCUGCUGGGAGUGGUUUUAUUGGUUGAACCCUUAAAUUGUAAUGUCCUUUGGCAGAUUUUAAAGCUUUGGUUUUUAUGCGUGAGCUGCUUUGCUGAAGCACCCUUAUCUUUCGUCGCUGGGUGUUUGGGGUUCACGCUCUGGGAUUUUCUUCUUUUCUCAAAUGUAUUGCAUUUAAUUGUAACAAGAUGUGCACUGAACUGUAAGUGAGAAUCCAAAUCGAGAUGCAUUGAGUUACUACUGUCUGAUUUAAAUGUCUCUUAUGUUUUAUACAGUGUGUUCAGUUUCCUUCAGUUACAUUUUGUUGUGUUUCUCUUUACUUAAAAAAAUCUUUACUAUAUUUGCAAACAAACAAUUGUUCUGAACUACUUGAAAUGCAUUAAUAAACCAGAAUUGAUAAAAAUAA